CUCCGCCGCAAGCCUCCUCCGCCGCCGCGGACUCCAGCAGCUUUAUCGCCAGAGUCCCUGAACUCUCGCUUUCUUUUUAAUCCCCUGCAUCGGAUCACCGGCAUGCCCCACCAUGUCCGACGCAGCCGUAGACACCAGCUCCGAAAUCACCACCAAGAACUUAACGGAGAAGAAGGAAGUUGUGGAAGAGGCGGAAAAUGGAAGAGACGCCCCAGCUAACGGGAAUGCUAAUAAGGAAAAUGGGGAGCAGGAGGCUGACAAUGAGGUAGAUGAAGAAGAGGAAGAAGGUGGGGAGGAAGAGGAGAAGGAAGAAGAAGGUGAUGGUGAGGAAAAGGAUAGAGAUGAAGAUGAGGAAGCUGAGUCAGCUACGGGCAAGCGGGCAGCUGAAGAUGAUGAGGAUGACGAUGUUGAUACCAAAAAGCAGAAGACCGACGAAGAUGACUAGACAGCAAAAAAGGAAAAGUUAAACUAAAAAAAAAGGCCGCCGUGACCUAUUCACCCUCCACUUCCCGUCUCAGAAUCUAAACGUGGUCACCUUCGAGUAGAGAGGCCCACCCGCCCACCGUGGGCAGUGCCACCCGCAGAUGACACGCGCUCUCCACCACCCAACCCAAACCAUGAGAAUUUGCAACAGGGGAGGAAAAAAGAACCAAAACUUCCAAGGCCCUGCUUUUUUUCUUAAAAGUAUUUUAAAAAGGAAAUUUGUUUGUAUUUUUUAUUUACAUUUUAUAUUUUUGUACGGAUUGUUAGGGUCAGCCAUUUUUUUUUUUUUUUUUUUUUUUUUGAGACGGAGGGAGCCUCUCCCUGUCGCCCAGGCUGGAGUGCAGUGGCGCAAUCUCGGCUCACUGCAAGCUCCGCCUCCCGGGUUCACGCCAUUCUCCUGCCUCAGCCUCUCCGAGUAGCUGGAACUACAGGCGCCCGCCACCAUGCCCAGCUAAUUUUUUGUAUUUUUAGUAGAGACGGGGUUUCACUGUGGUCUCGAUCUCCUGACCUCGUGAUCCGCCCGCCUCGGCCUCCCAAAGUGCUGGGAUUACAAGCGUGAGCCACUGCGCCCGGCGGGUCAGCCAUUUUUAAUGAUCUCAGAUGACCAAACCAGCCUUCAGAGCGUGUUCUCUGUCCUCCUUCUGACUUUACUUGUGGUGUGACUAUGUUCAUUAUAAUCUCAAAGGAGAAAAAAAGCCUUGUAAAAAAAAAGCAAAAAUGACAACAGAAAACAAUCUUAUUCCGAGCAUUCCAGUAACUUUUUUGUGUAUGUACUUAGCUGUACUAUAAGUAGUUGGUUGGUAUGAGAUGGUUAAAAAGGACAAAGAUAAAAGGUUUCUUUUUUUCCUUUUUUGUCUAUGAAGUUGCUGUUUAUUUUUUUGGCCUGUUUGAUGUAUGUGUGAAACAAUGUUGUCCAACAAUAAACAGGAAUUUUAUUUUGCUGAGUUGUUCUAAAAAAAAAAGAUAUAA